GUGUAGAACUGUGGACGUAUCGUUAUGGUUCGCAUUAAACAUUAGCGUUCAGGCCGGUUUUCUAUAGUGUUUUGAUGUAUGCGACCGCCAUUUUAUCUGUUACAAAAAUACUACUGCAGACUGCAGUCAUUGACACGCGGUGAGGAUGUACGUGUGCUAAAACUUGAUCGGUGUUUUUGUGGUUAAGUCUGAUUACAUAUCGCUAAUUAUCGAAAUAAUCUUGGUUGUCUACCGGAAAUGGAUUCUGGAAGAUUUUUCUGUUUUUGUUUUAUCGUACUAACAUGGUUGGCAAAUACUGCUGUAAACGGUGUACUAAUGGAAAGAGGUGGAGUCCGAGGAACGAUAAAUCUCUUGGGAAAUGCUCGAGUUUUGGUUUAUGCGCCGCAAAUGCUGAAAACGGAUGCUGCGUAUAAAGUUAUAGCGCGACAAUUUUAUGGAUCGGAUGAUCUGUCAAUUUUUGCCAAGAUUAUCGCUAAAAGCAAUAGUACUGGAAAAGCUAUUAUCGUCAAGGAAAAUGGGGGUGCUUUGUCAAAGAGCGGCGGACUGACGGAAAUUGACUUAACAAUGCCGUCCAGUUUCCUAAAGGACACAUACGAGCACGAACUGGAAGUAGAAGUCGACGAUCCGGUGUCAAACUCUAGUCUGUCCAAGAGCUGGCACAUCGAUUAUCAUGACAAGGAAGUGUUUAUUUUGAUCCAACCGGAUAAGUCCAUCUACAGACAAGGCGAUAAAGUGUCCUUCCGCGUGGUAACCGUUGAUGAAAAUCUUAUCCCAAAAGACGUUGCAGCGACUGUGUCCAUAGAGGAUUCUAAUAGGAAAAACGUCCAAAUCCACAAACGAAUCAGCAAAAAAUUCUCGAAAUAUCCCGGUUACUUCGAGGAUUCCUUUGUCCUGCCCAUUGCGGCUGCCCCAGGGAACUGGACAAUUCGAGUAACCGUGCACGAUACAGUGGAAGAAAAAUUGAUCUGGGUCCGACAAUACGAGCCACGACAAUUUGAUGUGUCCUUGCAAAUGCCACAGUAUAUCUUGGCUGAUGCAUCUCAUUUCCCGCUGGCCGUGUUAGCGAAAUACUACAGCAGUGGAAAGCCUUCCUCCGGAGAAGCUGAGUUCUCUGUCACUGGACCUAACGGCCGGUCGUUUAAAUAUAAUUCGCAGCUGGUUAACGGUAAAGGAUCCGUUUCCAUUCCACUGCCUAACCUUCUGUCAAACACUGAAUUAAUCGUCACCUCCACUUACUACAUCGAAAUCUCCGCUACCGUUAUCGACAACAUUUACCGUUACAAACGCGACGUAUCCGGCACGAUACCGCUGCAUGUGACACCAUACAAAAUUAAUUUUAUCAAACCGGCUGACUUCUUCCGCCCAACUUACACGUACAGUCUGCAAAUUCAAGUGACCCAACAUAAUGGAAAACCACUUCAUUUUGACCGCACUCUGGAUGCGUAUAAGGAAUUAGAAAUCUUUAUGAGCCCAAAAAAGGCAGCUAUUGGGCGCAGUGUCGUGAAGAAAACAACAUCCAAGGGCGACAAAGUGCUGGAAAAUUUCACCAUCGAUCUUAAACCAAAAUCAACCACCCAGCGCAUUGAUGUCUUCUAUCAGAUCGGCGAUUUGCGGGAUAAUGUCACACUGCUAGCAGCUGACCGGUCGGAUACUGAGGAUUUUAUUGAUAUCACUGUGCUGAAACCAGACAGACACAAUCCCAGACUACAGGAGUUUUCAAUAAUGUGCAACUGCUCAGCGUUCGAUUAUGUGGUGAUUUCUCACGGAAAUAUAAUUCUGGCCGGAACUCACGAUAUGGAAGAAAGAAGAUUUUCUUUCGAAACAACUGAUGCAAUGGCUCCAAAGUCGACUUUGAUAGCAUAUUACUACAGUCACUCGCAGAAUCCCGUAAUGGCGUACAGCGAUUUCCAUGUUACUCGAACUGGGUUGUCCGAAGAAGUUGUGCUAAAUGCAACAUGGAAAUCAAAAACCCGGGAUAACCAACACCGGUACAGCGAUCUGGACAAGACGAUCAGCAUUCAUGCGGCGGCAUUACCGAAUUCUCUUGUGGCAUUCCUGGCAGUCGACAGUCGUCUGGCUACGGUUGACCAUGUUCACAAUAUAACAGAAGAUAAGGUUAUAAAUAAAAUCCUGGAAGCAAGACAUCUUGGAUUUACCAACAUGCACCUAAAGCGGAUUGGUGGACGCAAUUUGCACAAGUUCUUGAAGGUUUCUGGAUGUGUAGCACACGAAUUCAACUUUGCUCGCCCCAAUAGUCACUUGGAAGAGCCGGUAACGAGUUAUCUCUCUUGCACUGAUGAUCUUUGUGCUCCACCACCUUCGCCGAAUGCUGUGUUAGCCCGUAUGGAUUUCCGGGAUUCAUUCCUUUUUAUAACGGGACGUGCGAACCGUGACGGAGAUGUACAGCUGGAUACUGUUAUCCCUGACACACUGACAACAUGGGUAUUUACGGCUUUCAGUAUUAGCCCUGAAGGGAUAGGCUUCAUGAAGAAAGCAACAGAGUUGUCGUCGCGCCAAAAUUUAUAUGUCGAUUUUGACCUCCCACACUCUCUGGAGGUUGGGAAGCGAGCUAACUUCAAAGUGUUUGUCUACAAUCACGCUAGCACCAACGAGCAUGCCGUAUUGGAGUACCGGUUUGCUCUCAACAACCGGACACUGGAGGACUAUAUAAGACCGUCCAUGGACUUUGUCGUAUAUGCUAACAGUGUCAACAGCACUCUGUUGGUCAUUCCGUCUGAUAAGCCGGGUAUUCUGGAGGUGGCCGUUACCGUGCGGACUAUGGAGAAUCUGGACCCCGUAAUAAAGACGAUGGUCAUAAGAAACUCCGAGGAUGACAACAUUGUCGAGACUUAGUAACGUUUUAACAAGAAGUGGAGCUGACCAUUUGGACUUCUCCUACUGUAUUUAUAUCUGUGAUACAUCGCUUUGUAGUGGUUGGUGUUUUCAUAAAGGUGACACCAUAAACUAGAAAUUCGGGCAUUACUGUUAAUAGGCUUAUUCUGUUUCUCUUCCGUCUUCUUUUUCUUCUUCUACUGGUUAAAUCACUAUUCACUGGAAAAAAAUGAGCAACUAGUACUUUAAAACUUCCCGGCAAUGUUCUUGGCAAAUACGAAUAGGCAGAUGUCAUGCUCAACGCAUAUCGUUCGCUUGUAAUAAAGAGUACCUAUGGA